AACCCUCGCGAGUCGCGACCAAUUAAACCCCGCGUCUCAUCUUCAAUUCCAAAUACCUCUACUUCCUCGAAACGAGAACGGGAUGGCUUGGCGCAGCGGAUCGCUUUCGAGAUCGUUGUUCUCUACUGCAAGAGCUUCUUCACUCCGGUCUACACGGCCGCUCCCACGCAUCCGUCCUCCACCACUUGCCGCCCCUCGCCUCCAAUCUCGCCGGCUUUCCUUGCUCACCAGGACUAUGGGAGAGUUAGGAUGCACGCAAUCGCUACUACCGCUGCACAGUGUCGUCGCUGGAGCCCGACUCACAUCGCACCUCGCUGUCAACGCGCGUGCGUGCUGUGAGCUGUCUCAGGGGAGGAGUGGAAAAGAUGGGUGAUUGGCGAGGCUGUCAAGCAUCGGAAGGCAGGACAAUAAUGCCACAUCGUAGGUUAUUUUAUUUCCUGUUC